AUGUUCAGUCUGUUCCCCACGAGCGGAUUCAACGGGUCCCCCCUCACUAUCUAUGGCGACGGUUGCGCAAUAUCUGUAGGUGGAGAUAUUAAUUGUACCCAAGUAUGUUCCGAUCCGUCGCUGCUCUUCAAGACGUGGCAGUCGCAAUAUUCGUGCUUGGCACUCGCCGCUCUCUCCAUCGGCACGACAGCCUCAUUCAACAUUAGCUCGUCCUAUAUCAAGGCGACGAGCAGGACUGCUUCCAUGGUUGGCGUUCCUGAUAUAACUGGAUUUGAUGGUGCUCGAGUUCUGAACUUGACAUGGAAUUGUAUCAGGGCCUCUUGCACCGUCGACGACACCUUUGGAGACUGCCAUGCCGAAAAUGUCGUGGGCUAUCAGGCCCCAAGCACGGAAAUGGGAAUUCUCACGAGUCUGACUACUGAUAUCGCGGAACUAUGUGCGACCGUGCCUAAGAACCAACUUAACACAGACAUUGGCGGACCAGGGGUUCGUUUGUCUUAUAUGCUACAGGCUGUAGCUGCAAUCUAUAUGUUUGUUAUCUCUCGCCUCUUCACUACAUCCGAAACCAUUAAAUGGUCCCGUGAUAAACUCUCAAUCGCGAACGGAACUCUCAGCCCUCGCGUCACACACUUCUUAUCCAAGGUCGAGGAGUCUCGCAUAGCAGACGCUACAACUAAUCUACUCGUCGAGUUUCAGGAGGCACAGGUAUUCUUCGUCCUGGCCAUCCAAAUCGCUCUCUUGAUAGCAACCCUCAGAGGUGCCGAGUUCAUAGACGCCAGCAGCAUUUCAAGCUAUCUUGUUGACCAGCAGUGGAUCCGGCAGUCAGCGCAGUUUGUCCUCCUGCCGAUCGUCCUCAAUCAGCUCAGCUUGAGGCGCAUGUGCCGCAGCUCCGUCUAUUCACUACUCUUGUGUGCCGUGGUUCUCAUUAUGGGAGCAGCCGUCAUCUACAAGACGGCGUUGAGUUACCAGCAAGACAAACUCUGGGGCAUGUUCUCGAGCAAGUUCUCCGUGCAAGAAUGCGGCUACAACACCUCGUUACGGGCUUAUUGCUCGGGUAGCUCAGGUUUUUAUCUGCUGCCCGGCCCGAGCGUGAUGCCGUGGAUAUUUGUGUUGUAUGGCGUUUUGGUGCUCGAAAAAGUGGCUAUAGCUGUCAGUGGGUUAAAACAGUACAAGGUAUGGCAUGAGAGUCCAGCCGUUUCAAAGAUCAUGGACACGACAAGGCUCGGCGCCGCGGUGGUCUUGCCGGUCUUCUACUUCGCUUCUGAGAUUGCGCUACUCGUCUUUAUCGGCAAAGCCUGCUACUUGAUCUCACAUAUGGUCACACCCGGUGAAGAUUGGAACAUUGGUCAAUUGGUGGCUGCAUUGAUAUGGGCACCUGUGGUCGCCAAGUACUUAUAUCAAAUCCUCUGUGGUAUCAGCAAAUCACUGGAGAAUAGAAUCCCUGAGAAAUACGCAGUGGUGAAGAGGCGUUCAGAUCAAAAGACUGAUGAAGUGGACAAGUCGGGCCCUCAUGAUUCCCAGAUCCAGACCAAGUCUACAGAAACGAGCUAUACCAGGCUUGAUGCUAAUGAACCUGGCGAACCUAGCUGCUAG